AUGGCCAACCAUCCAGACAUGACCGACCUCGAAUCUAACGGAACCAAUAUAGUCGGCGUAAGCUCACCUAACAAGGACCUGGCCUUGACAAUCAACGACGAGAAGCCCUCUGUCGAAUAUGUGGCAAAUUUCAAGAAGACGGCAGAUGGUCGCACAAUUCUUGCCCCGCAACCAAGUGAUGACCCUGAAGACACAUUGAACUGGCCAAACAGGAAAAAAUGGGCCAUCUUGGCUGUCGUAGCCUAUUGUGCAGCCAUGCCUGAUAUGCAGGCCGGUUUUGGCAUACCAUUGGUGGUGCCACAGUCGGUGUACUGGAACAUCUCCAUCCAAGACUCAGGCCGCUCAAUGUCUGGCAAUGUCUUCAUGAUCGGCGUUGGUAGUCUGUUAUCUGUCCCCUUCGUUCAGAGAUAUGGCCGACUCCCGGUUUUGUGGUGGUCGAUGUUUCUUUCCUUCUGGAUGACACUCGCUGCUACUCUCGUUACGGACCAUAUCUCAUUCAUUAUCGUGCGCUGCUUGCAGACGACAUUCUCUGCAGCGCCUCAAGUGAUUGGGUUGUCGUUCAUUUACGAUAUGUUCUUCUUCCACCAACACGCACGCGCAAUUGGCAUAUGGGCUUGGGCUUUUGUCGAGUCACCUUUCGUAGGACCCUUCAUCAGCGGUCUAAUCGCCCAAUACUAUAGUUGGCGACACUCUUUCGGUGCUUGCACUGCAUUUACCGGUUUAGCUGCGCUGUUGGUCCUGCUGUUUUGCCAAGAGACGCUUUAUGAUCGUCAUAAACCAGAAGUGCAGGACCCCCCAUCCAAGUCAAAGUCGGUUGUAGGCAGGCGACUUGAAAUUCUCACUGGCAUCUAUGGCGCCAAAGUAAGAGGACGCCCUUCGCUCUGCACAAGCGCCCGGAGGAUUGUCGCUGUGGCUUCAAAGCCAUAUUUUCUGCUCCUUUUGAUAUCCUACGGCUUGAGUUUCGCUUGGUCGGUUGGCAUCAACACAAGCUUGAAUUUGAUCUUGUUCACACCCAUCGAAGCUGGAGGCUAUAGCUACACCCAAUUGAACGUUGCAUUGCUCUAUAUUGCUCCUAUUGCUGCAACUGCACUGGGCGAAUUCUUCGGACACUUUUUCAACGACUGGAUUGCGAACAAAUACAUUCGAAAACAUGAUGGACUAUUCGAGCCAGAGAUCCGUCUAUGGGCUUCGUACGUUGGCCAACCUUUGAUGGCUGGAGGCCUUGUUUGUCUGGGCUUUAGUCUGCAACGCCACCUAUCCUGGGUAGCGAUUGCAUUUGCUUGGGGUAUCUAUGUUUUCGGAAGUCUGAUGACUACAGUUGCCAUCACCGCGUAUGCCUUGGACGUUUUCAAGGAAGAAGCUGCGGAAGCUGCGGCUCUUAUCAACUUCUUUCGAACUGUCGCGGGCUUUAUUGUUAACUACUUCCAGGUGCGAUGGGCUGCCGCAGUAGGAUCUGAUGCCAGUUUUGGGACGCAGGCUGCAAUUUGUGGGAUUGCAUGGAUUCUCAUAGGGAUCGUGCAACGGCAGGGCAGACAGUGGCGCAAAAGAUGA